ACUAGCUCUAUCCAUGCAAGUAAACACCCGCGUUUGCUCUCCCCAAUAAAGCUUUACCUAGGGUCAACUUGCACGUCACAUCAACCAUCCAUCGAUCAAUCUAUCGUCCUCGCCUUACAACCCAACAAACACUACGGAGUAUCCGCCACGACUACGGCGCGACAACGUAAAGGAAGCCGAGCUACGAUGAGAACUUGCAGUGCUUCGUCAUGUCAAGUUCCAUCUCGUGCAUUGCGACGAGUGUACAGCGCAGGGCUGAGUUUCUGGAAGAGCUACCGCUCCUAUCGCAAUAUAGGUGCAACCUCACUUGUCUAUCUCACGUUUACAACCUCUUCAUCUUUGCCAGCUGCGACACCAUCCACGUCUACCAACCCACCUAUCCGGACCAAAGUCUAUCAAAGGAGCCGGCCUUGAUCUUGGAGCCUCCCAUCUCGCGACCAAAUCUAGGACACUACGUCGACUACAUCCACCCGCACUCCAUUAACCAUCUCCGCCUCGACUACCUAGGCACAGAGGAGAUCCUCCUGGCCGUAUGCGACGAUGGCGAUGUCAUCGCGUACACCACGGCUUCGAUCCAACGUGCCAUCGACCAGCAGCAAGCCGGCCUUGAAGGCAAAGAGAAGCCCUAUAUUCGGCCUCUUCUGCACAGGAAUGUUGGGAUGAGUGCGUGGGGUAUAUCGGUCCAUCGCGAGGCUCGACUCAUUGCUAUCAGCGCAAACACUGCAAAUGUCACAGUAAUUGCUUUUGGGUUGUCCGAACAGCCGCUGGACCCUUUGAGAUCGUUCGAAGGGUCACCAGAAAUUCCCUCCAUUCCGCACGAUCCUCAACAGGCAGGUAUACAAGACCGCUCCAAAGAUCGUGUAAUCACACUAGUCGGGCGAGGAAACAUCCCCUCGGUAUCCUUCAACAACACUGGUGCUGAUCCCUGUGGGAGAUGGCUUCUCAGCAGUUCCAUACACGGGAUAACGGUUCUCUGGGACCUACACAAUCCUCAGAUGCCCGCUCGCGCUAUGCAUGUGGGUCGAUGCUACAAGACGUUCAGUCCGAAGAGGGAUCCAGGGCCAUUGGAAGACUGUGGGUGCGGACAGGUGGCGCACGCAACUUGGGGUGCCAUCUUCAUCGAUCCGAGAACAUGCAGGCCGUUUUAUUCGUUGAAAGAUGCUUUUGGCGGCGUCCCCACUGAGGUUGACCCCUGUUUCUGGGACACGACAGGAUCCAGGCUCAAGAGAGAUGAUUUGAAGCUUGAACGUGAUUUCUUCAACAAGGUUCUGUAUCCUGAGUAUGCCAGCUCCGCCAGCGAAGGAAGCAUUGGGGAUGACGAUAUUGACAUGGAAGACCUGUCUGGGUCGGAUGUGGACAACGAUGAUGGACCCGCGGCGGAAGAUUUGCAUUCUAUACUGGCUGAGGGAUUGGUACCAGGUGUCCCUCCUAACGAAGAUCAAGACUCGGACGGAAUGCUAUCCCUCGACGGUUCGAGCGAGAGUGGGAGCGAUCAGGAGGCAGAGUCGAUAGCACAGAAUGAGACUCCAGCUCCCGCCCAACUGCAAGCUACACAACCUCCCACAAACAAUCCAUCUCUACCACCUCCAUCACCUCCUCAUACGCAAGACCCUCCCCCCGAACAGGACGCCACCCAAUCCGAUUCCUCCAGUCAAUCCGACACCGAACCUCCCGCCGCAGCAGUCGACCCCAACCACCUCUUCACGCAAGCCAUGUCCGCCGCAGCCCAAUACGUCUCCCAAACGCAAACCCUCUCCAGCAUCACCAUCCCCCCUGGGCUCCCCCUCCCCCCACACGCCUACACCGGCAGCAUGCGCAGCCACCCCUCAAAGAUCCCCUACUACGAAGUCCGAUCCGCCAGCGGCCUCUCCUCGCGGCACAUCCCCACCCCCUCCCCCUGCCUCAUCAUCACCAAGGACGAAAUCUCCCUCCUCCAAUCCCUCACCCACGCGCCCUCCUCCCCCUCCUCAAACGACCCCCAGCCCACGAUCCCAACAAUGCACAACCCGCUGUUCCCGGACGAAAUCAACCUCCGCCGCCGCCUCCCCUGGACCCGCCGCCUCAACUUCAGCGCUUACAUCCCGGCGCUCGGGGCUUUCGUGGUGGGUUCGAAUGCGGGGCGCUGCGCGGUGUUUGCGCUGACGAGCGUGAAGGUUGCGGGGGAGGGGGGCUGGGGGGAGGAGACGGUGUAUGGGUUUCGUCAGGAGCAUAUUUUGCCGCUGCCCGAGCAGCAGGAGGAUAAUGUUCCUCCUGUUUCGCCGAUGGUGGGGAUGGCGGUCGGGCCUGUGCAGGGGAUGUUGGAUGGCGACGGUAACGGAGCUGGAGAUGGUGAGGGAGAGAAAGAGGAGGAGGACGGCAGGAGGUGGCGGCUCAUGAUGCUGUUUGCCGACCAUACGGUUUGGAGCUACGAGAUUGCGAGGAAGAGGGAGGGGAGGGAGCCUGCGUUGGGGGAGUUGUUUGUCUAGGGAGGGGCGCUGAAGUUGAGCUUGGACUUGUUCCAUAAACCUUCCCUCACGAUGGUAUGUUUGAUGUGAAUUGGAAUUGGUAGACAUACACGGCCUGAUAAUGACGUAAAUUAAUUUUGUUCGAGUGGUAGCAAUGGUAGGCAAUGGUACUACUUAUACCAACAUCUGCUUUCUGUCUGGCAAGACAGAUGGGUAGUUCCACUACUGUGCGAUGGUGAUAGUGGAAGGUGUGUUUUGGGGUUUUCCUUUUUAUGUUGUUUAAUGUUUGAUGGUGAUGACGACGCAUGACGGCCUUGACCGGCCGGUUAGAUAUAGUACUCGUGGCAGUAUGUAGGUUGGUCCCGGGCGAUUGAGUCAAUGGAUAUAAGCAUGAAUACAGGAAUUCUUCUCUUAAGGGAUUUGUCUUUUGGUGGU